UUUGAUGCGCUGUGGACCAUCCAAUUUUGUUUGGGAUUUGGGCCUGGUCUAAAGGUCACCAAAGGCAAGGAAAGUCCUAUGACAGCAGUAGGGAUGAACAUAACGUCCACGUACUAAGAAAAGGAAGGACCGUGCAAUAAAAACCUAGGAAGAUUUAGCAGUACCUCUUUACCAGUACCCUGGAAAAAAGGGUGUCUUUUUGCAAUAAUCAUAUCCUUGAGGGAUCUCUACGGGACCCCUUUUUGUGCCGUCUUCUGAUCUGAUACUGCUGUUAUUCUUGGAGAAUCUGUGCACCCACUCAUCAUCUAGUGGGUAUAAUUAAGUUCUGAAACAUCUCUGAAAAGAUGGGUAGAGCACCAUGCUGUGACAAAGACAACGUGAAGAAAGGGCCAUGGUCUCCAGAAGAAGAUUCUAAACUCAAAGCAUACAUACAACAGAAUGGAACUGGAGGCAACUGGAUUGCCCUGCCUCAGAAAGUUGGCUUGAAAAGGUGUGGAAAGAGCUGCAGACUUAGAUGGUUGAAUUACUUGAGGCCCAAUAUAAAGCAUGGAGGAUUCUCAGAAGAGGAGGAUCAUAUCAUUGUUAGCCUCUAUGGUACCAUUGGAAGCAGGUGGUCUAUCAUUGCAGCCCACUUGCCAGGCAGAACUGAUAAUGAUAUAAAGAACUACUGGAACACAAAACUGAAGAAAAAACUGUUUGGGAAACGCAAGGAUCAACAUGGAAGGCGUCUUGCAGCGACUGCAGCCAAACAAGCUGAAAUGUUUGGCAUAAAAAGGUACGCUUCUUCAGAGGCCAGCCCAAGAACAAGUGUAUAUGGGACACAGCCUAGAGCAGUUAUAGACCACAAUAUGAAUAUGAACAUUAAUUGGCCUUAUGCUCAUUUCAGUCCUGGAAUAGCUCCCCAGUUAUAUGAACAAACCACCCUUGCUGAAUUGCCCACCAUUACUGAUACCAAUCCAAGUACACAGCCACCCAGAUUUCACCUAAACUUUCAACAACCCUUUGAUCAGGAAGUUUUUGAGGCUGAUAACAAUACUUCUUUUAGGAAGCUCCUAGAGAGACUUGAGUCUAAUCUUACUGAUCGUUCAAAUAACAUGAAUUUGGUGAGCAUCUGUCAGAUGCAGGUACCCAACAGCAUUAGUAUGAAUAAUAAUGCAUCUCAAAUACCAAAUUCUUCUUUGGAAUAUGAGACAGCAAAAUUCCACAACCCUGCAUACUUACAAACUCCAUCUGUAUUGGAUGCAUCUUUCCCUCCCAGUGAUAUUUCACUUGUGUUUUCUCCAUCCACUGUGACUUGUGGGUCUCCUCAAGGAAGCCAUCAAUCUGCUUGUUUAAAUACAUUCAAUGAUGAGGCUUAUAUAUUGUCAAUGGAUUGGAAUGAUCUCCUUAACUGCACUAACAAUAAUAGUAGCUCACUAGCCUUACCACAAAGAGAAGCAGACAGUUAAAGAUGGUGUCUGUAUGGCUCAUCAGUUCACAGUAUUGAUAUUCCUUGUGAGAAUAAAGUUAUCUUUUAGCAGUUAUGCUAAGAUGUAUCAUUACGUUUUUCCAUUCUGAAGCAGAUAUAUUGAAAUUUAGGGAUUGUGUCUCAAAGGAUAUUGAUACUGCUCUCUAUAAGUAUUCAGUUCCACAAGUCAUGUAACAACUAAGCUCAAGCUAGAGGAAUAUAUAAUAUACAAUUCUCGCAGUGCUACUCUCCAGUCCAGGUAAAAGCAUUCUGAAUCUAAGCCAUUGUCCAACUAAUUGAUUGUUAUUCAAGGAAGAUGAUAAUAACCUGGCAUUACUUCAGGUACGCCAAAUAUUUCAGGAUUUCAUUUGUUUCAAUUUGUACUUGUGGUUUCA